AUGGCAACCAAAGACGCUUUAUCCCUUCUGGAGCCAAUAGAGGUUGAAGAACCCAUGGAUGCCCGUGCAGGCAUCCGAUUUCUUCAGAAGAAGAUGAGCAUCAAGAAACGAUCUAUUACACUUCAACUCAAAGAUCUUCAGUCUGAUCUCGCUUCCAGUCCCAAGAGAUCCCGAACCGCUCUCCGGCACAAAUCCGCGGCCCUGAAGAAGGUGGUUAGCGAGCUGAGAGGCAUAGUGGAUGAGGCCCUGGAACUUGAAGAAGACGAAGAGGAGUUGAUCAAGUUGGAAGAGUAUUUCGUCAGGGAACAAAGCCGAGCGCUUAUCAUUAUUGGUGAAGUGGAUGAGCACAUAGAGGAGAGGCUGGAUGAGGCCAGCACAUCAUUCCAUUCAGGUCAAACAGCUUUAGAACAAUAUCGAGAUCAGGAGAGGAACCGCAUCCGUUCAGAACUCGAAAAGAUACAGGCCCAAGCACGAAUAACCAAAGAAUUAGAGGGUGAGCUCAAUUCGAAAUUAGAGCAAUUAGAUUUGGGGGAAAGAGCCCAAGAUUUCGAUGAGUAUGAAGCAACAUUGAAGAACCCUCCUCUUGGAGUAUCAAGACGACCCAAGACAACCUUUAACCCCACUGAGUGGAUGGAAUCAACCCUGUCCAACAACCUACCCAAUACCUUCCAUGCCCCUAGCCCUUCUAGAAGUUCCAUUCGGAGUGAAGUGCCGGUAUUUGAUGGAAAUCCACUAAACUUCAUGAACUGGGCAAACAUGUUUGAGUCCUUAGUUCAUAACACGCAUUGCUCAGUUGCCGAGAAAAUGGGACUCCUUCGAGCUAGUCUUGGACACGUAUGUCUUAAACUCAUUGACGGCUUCACCAACUCACCAGCGGAUUACGGAGAAGCCUUAAAGCUGAUUCUUCAUCGUUAUGGAGACCCUCAAGAGCUAAGACGAGCUCAUCUUCAGGCUUUGAGAGACAUCCCACGGGUCCGAGACGGUGAUCCAAAGAACUUUCCGUCAUUUGCCGACGGCAUCCAAGGCCACUUACGGGUGGUUAUCCGCUUGCUUCCGCGUGGAGAUGGUUUACUCACAGUGCUGAUGGACGAAUUGAGUCAUAAGAUGGAUCGCGAACACUUCUUUCACUGGGACAACUUUGCCAAGGACUUAGAGGAAGAUGAGAAGAUCCACGCCUUUGGGGAUUGGGCCAUGGAAAGGGCAAGGAGGGAUCGAUAUUUCCAAUCAGACGUGAGCGAGGGAACCAGGAACAGGAACAAAUUGAAAGCACAAGUUAAUGGUAUUGAAUCCAAACCGGUAGACAGGAGUAAGCCAUGUCAAAUAUGCAGGGGGAUGCACAAGGAGAAGAACUGUGAGAAGUUCAAGAUUGCACCAACGCCGAAGAAAAGAGAAAUGGCCCGAAACUUUGGACUGUGUUAUCUCUGCUUGGAAUCGGAUCACUACUCCUCAAUUUGCCCCCACAUCAACACUUGGAGUUGCAGAAAGGAUGGAUGUGGCGGCAGUCAUCAUUCAUGGCUCCACAUGGAAAAAGACAAUACCAAAGAGGUGGGCCCUUCACCCAAGAAAAACGACUCUAGUGUUCAACUCAACUCGGUCCAUCGAAAUGGAUGUUUAGGGGUGAUUCCGGUGUUAUGUUCGUUCAAUAAUAGAGAGUUCAUGGUAAACGCCUUGGUUGAUGAGGGUUCAGAUACAUCAGUGGUCAGUGAAUCUCUUGUCACCAAGUUGGGUAUUCGUCGCCCAAAGAAGACAGCCGUCCGACUGAACUUAGUGUCAAAGGAAGUGGAUCAACAUUUGAGUUCGGUGAAGUUCGACAUUCGUGGACCGUUAUCUCAUGAUCGAUCCUCGUUUCAAGCAUUAGUUCUAACCCAAGUUUGUCCAAAUUUGAAACCAUUGUCAUGGAAUAAGAAAAAAAACGAGUUGGCCCAUUUGGAAGAUCUACCACUUAUGGAAUGUGAUCAGCAAGUGGAUGUCUUGAUUGGAUUAGAUCACGGGGACCUCUUAGUUCCAUUAGAGGUUAGAAAAGGGGGUCCCGAAGAGCCUUAUGCCAUGAGAUGUAAGUUGGGCUGGGUCGUGAGAGGCCAGUUACCUUAUGAUCCAGUAAAAAAUGAAAAGCACCAUUCGAUCAAUUUCCUUGUGGAAAAUUCAUCUUCACUGGAAACCUUAGUCAGGGACUUCUUUGCUACAGAGAAGUUCGGUUCUGAGACUCCCGAGAUAGAAGAGCCUGUCUGGUCCUUGGAGGGGGCUUACGCCAUGAAGCUGAUUGAGCAGGGAACGAAGAAAAUCACGAAUGGACCAGGAUACAUUGUCGAACUUCCAUGGCGGGGAGAGGCUCGCCCAUUAAAUGAUCCCGGAUUGUAA